UUUCCAGGCUUGCGACUGCACUUCUCUGCAGCUCUGCUUAUUGGGAUAGCUGGCGCUGCUGGUGAUGAACCUCUAAGCUUUGCUCACUCCGCCAUACUGCAGGGGGAGAGCACUCACUUCCCAGUGCACAUUGUUCUGGAGCUGGGAGAUCGCAGGAGAUACAAGGAAGUAUGAAUGAUGCAGUUCUGAAUAUCGCUUCAUUUAUUGCGGCACACUGAAGAUCUGAAUUCGCUUUUGCCAGCAGAUCCGAUGCUGCAGCUGACGAUAGAUGAGAGGCUAAGCCAAGAUGAUCAUUUUCUCUGCACUGCUCCUGUUCACACACGUCUGAACAUACUUGCUGCUCAAAGAUAAUGGGGUACACGUGCUUGUGAAAGACUGACUCUCGCACAUCUGCCUAUUGUCUCGUUUACCAGAUGACAAGUGGGUCUGCUGGUUUCCUACUAUAGGACUGAACCGUUUGGUAUGGCGUUUCGUUCUCUUUGUAUGAUUUUGUGUAUUGUAUUUGGAACUGCAGCAUUUGGGCCAGUGCCAAGGAUUUCAUGGCAGAAUGGAGAUGUUGAUUUAACACAUUUUCAUGUGGACGGCAUUUUCAACUAUUCCACAUUAUUGCUCAGUGAUGAAAAAGAUGUUCUGUACAUUGGAGCACGAGAAGCAAUUUUUGCAGUAAAUUCACAAAAUAUUGCAGAAAAACAACAUGAGGUUUACUGGAAAGUCACUCAAUUAAAAAAUGAUGAAUGCAGUAAGAAAGGCAAAUCCAAACAGACUGAAUGCUUGAAUUAUAUUCGGGUGCUGCAGCCAUACAAUAACAAUGCUCUGUAUGUGUGUGGAACAUAUGCAUUUCAACCCACCUGUGAUCUCUUGGAUUUAAGUAGUUUUAAGCUGUUGAACAAAGCUGAAGAUGGUAAAGGAAGGUGCCCGUUUGAUCCUGCACACAGUUACACUUCAGUCAUGGUUGAUGGAGAACUUUACUCUGGAACAUCCUAUACCUUCCUAGGUAGUGAGCCCAUUAUUUAUAGACACAACCCGCAGAGCCAAAUAAGAACAGAGUAUGCUGUGCCUUGGCUUAAUGAGCCCAGAUUUGUGUAUGCAGAUGUGAUCCGAGCUCCUCAGAGCCAUCCUGAAGGCGAAGAUGAUAAAGUGUACUUCUUCUUCACUGAAACGUCUGUUGAAUAUGAUUUUUUUAGCAAACUACAAAUACCAAGGAUAGCUCGAGUGUGCAAGGGUGAUCAAGGCGGACUAAGGACAUUACAGAAGAAAUGGACAUCAUUUCUGAAAGCCAAACUACUUUGCAAUUUUCCAGAGAAAAAUUUGUUUUUCAACAUUAUAAAUGAUGUAUUCAUAAUAAAGUCCCCAAACCUAAGAGAACCUCUCAUCUAUGGUGUAUUUAGCUCCAACAUGAAUAACGUUGGGCUAUCAGCUGUGUGUACAUACAAUAUCUCUACCAUUGAAGAUGUAUUUUCAAAAGGAAAAUAUAUGCAGAGUGCCACAGUCGAGCAGUCUAACACGAAGUGGGUGCGGUUUAAUGGAGAUGUCCCUAAACCUCGACCUGGAGCUUGCAUCAACAGUGAAGCUAGGUCAAUGAAUUAUACAAGUUCCCUUAACCUGCCAGAUAAGACCCUACAGUUUGUUAAAGACCACCCUCUAAUGGAUGAUCCAGUGACUCCAGUUGGCGGCAAGCCCAAACUGGUGAACAGAAAUAUGAUAUACACGCAGAUUGUGGUGGACCAGGUGAAAGCUGUGGACGGCAAUAUUUAUGACAUCAUGUUUAUGAGUACAGAUAAAGGCAUGUUGCAUAAGGCUUUCAGUCAUGAAAAUGAAAUGCAUAUUAUUGAGGAAAUUGAGCUGUUACCUGAUCAACAACCUGUUCAGACAUUGCUGCUUUCCAACAAGCAGAGCAAAAGAUAUAUCUAUGCUGGCUCCAAUAAUCGGGUGGUUCAGUCUCCCGUUUCAUUUUGUGACAAGUUCACUUCCUGUGUAGACUGUGUCCUGACCAGGGAUCCGUACUGCGCCUGGCAUCCAGAGAAAAAUUCCUGUGUUGACAUUCUUCAGGAGGGGAAUACAGACAGGAAAUUGAUCCAGGAAUUAAAUGGAAAUGUCUCUAAAUGCAUUGAUGCUACUGAAAAAAGGCUUCGGACUCUACAUAGGGUGACAUUAAAUAGCAUAAAUCACACUGUUGAACCAGGAAGCAUGGUGGUGCUGAAUUGCUCAAUCAAGUCUAACCUGGCUUCUGUGUCAUGGGAUUUCAAAGAUAAAGAUCUGAAGAUUGAACUCCCCAAAUACCAGUUCCAGGAGACCUCACUGGUUAUUUUCAGUGUCGCAGAGUCAGAUGCUGGUGUUUACCUCUGCUUGUCUCACGAGUUUGUGAAAAGUCAGUUGGUUUCCCAAGUGAUUGUAAAACACAUUUUGGAACUGGAAAAAAACCCAACUCCUUUGUUGAGCACAGCACAGGCGACUACAGAGACUGAAGCCUCAUCUCCUAUACUUUUUCCUUCUGCUACCUCUUCUUUGUCUUCUGUGGGAACUGAUUUCCAUCCUUCACUGUCAAGCAUGCAUCCUGAAGUUCUGUCUAGUGCAAAGACUGAGCUAGUCAGACUACUUCCUCCUUUUCUAACAGAUCAGGGACACAUCAGUGCCCAAGGGAGCUUUCAACUCUUCUGUCAUGCUAUUGGUCCUGUAGAUAUGCAUUUUACUUGGGAGAAAGAUGGUACUAAGAUGGAAGGCUGUGCCAAGGAAGAGCAACAGAAUAUAGCUGACGGUACUGUACACAUUCUUAGCUGGAUUACAGAUAUUACCAUUAGAAAUGCAGAAUAUCGUUGCAUGGUCACAUCAAAAUCUGAAACAAGGUCAUCUAAAGUGAUUAUCACAGUCUCAGAUGCAUUAAACCAAGUGUGGUCAAAUGAGUUUGCAAAAUGGAGGACUGCUGUCAAUGAGCACAGGAAUGUUAUGGACGGCUGGAAAAAAACAUGGGAGAGCUGCAACAAAAAGGACGUCACAUAGACUGAGGAUACUUAUGUAAUUAUACUAGUUAAAAGGAAGUCUUAAAUGGUUCGGUGGUUUGUGAGUAAACAACUGGGAGAGGAACUACAAGAUGAACGUCUUCGGAAAGAAACUCUUUAGAUCAAUAGACUCUUCCCAUUCUGCUUAAAAUAUGUGAAUAUUUUUUGUGCCCGGAGAUGCAGAAUCUGGUUAUUAUAGAAAAACUGGCAAAGUAACAAGGAUCUCUUCUUCCACUUUGUGAAAGCAGAACUUGCUGAGCUUGAGUGGAUUCACGUGGAACAAUAUUUGUACAGACAUCUAAAAUAAGCCCACAGCUCAUAUUAUGUGAAUGUUUUUGUGGGGUUUUUUAACUUUAUAUUACGUUAUCCAAAAAACUGAUAAUGUUAUUUUAAGAAGAAUGUAGUCUUUGUUCUGGAGAAAAAAAUAUUACAUACUGAACAUUUGUUCUUUUUAUCUCACAUUGACAAACAGUCAUUGUCUGUUAUGGAUAUAUUUUUUUUGGAACACUGACCCCAUUCCACUCAAAAUUCGGAGGGAAAAAAAAAAGAAUAUACUUGUGUGAACUUAACUUCUACUCAGUGAUUAGCAUCAUGACAAAUAAAUUCUAAUUGAAUGCUUAAAACAUCAAUUUUUUUGAUAGGAAACAAUUUAUACAAAGAAGAUUGAAGUUUAUUUAAAAACUUAACAUCAUGUGACAAACUCCUUAUAUAUAAAUGUGUGAUAUUGUAUAUAUUCAAUGUAAGGGCUAUAAGUUUGGUAUAAAAUCUUGCAUUAAAAGGUUAAAUAGUAUGGCCAGAGCACAUCUAGUGCAUACAAUAAAGGGACAGUCAACUCAAAAAUGUUUAUUGUUUAAAAGGAUAGAUAAUCCCUUUAUUACCCAUUCCCCAGUUUUGCAUAACCAACACGGUUAUAUUAAUAUACAGGUAGCCCUCAGUUUACGCCGGAGUUAGGUUCCAGGAGGAAUGGUUGUAAAUCGAGACUGUUGUAAAUUGAAACCCAGUUUAUAAUGUAAGUCAAUGGGAGAUGAGGGGGUUAGGUUCCAGGCCCCUCUCAAAAUUGUCAUAAGUAACACCUAAUACAAUAUUUUUAAAGCUUUGAAAUGAAAACUUUAAAUGCUAAACAGCAUUAUAAACCUAAUAAUAUAGAUUGUAUCAUCAUCAAACUAAGUUUAAUGAACAAAAACAUUUGCUAACAGCACCUAUUUAAAUAAUCACACAACAGACUGCAUUAUCAUCAAACUAAGUUUAAUAAACAAAAACGUUUUUUUUUACUUGCAUUUUUCUGCAAUCAGUUCUCUGCAUUGUUAGCAUGUUAGAUAAUAUUGGGUCUGCACCUAUUCUAUGCAUUUCAAUCUGCAGUGAUUAAUAAGCAGUUAGGCACCCUCACCUCAAGCAGCUGGACAGGAAGAUAAUAGGGGAGUGGCUGCUAAAACUUGUUGCUCGAUAGCUAAUGUCUGCUCUGUGUACACAGAUCAAUUUCAGGCUGUUAAGUUGCAUAACUUUGCUGCAAAACAAGUGGACAGCUCUACCUACUGACUAUUUUAAUUAGUGCACUUUGCUUUCCAAAGCUUUUCAAUAGCAGUCACAUGACUGUAAAAAAGGUUGUUAUUCUGAAACGGCUCAAAUUGAACCGGCGUAAACCGAGGGCCACCUGUACUUUUAACUUCUGUGAUUACCUUGUAACUAAGCCUCUUUUGACAGACCCUGAGUAAAUGACUAUUAUCUAUUGACUUGCAUUUUAGCUGUGUUGUGCAGAACUCACGGGCGUGAGCACAAUGUUAUCUAUAUGGCCCACAUGAACUAGCAGUCUCCUAUUAUGAAAAGCAAAUAAAAACAUGUGAUUAAGAGGCUGUCUAUAAUGGCUUAGAAACAGGCAGACGUUUAGAGGUUAUAAAGUAUAUUAAUAUAACAAUGUUGGUUGUGCAAAGCUGGGGAAUGGGUAGUAAAGGCGUUAUAUAUCUUUUAAACAACAAUUUUAGUGUUGACUGUCCCUUUAACUAAGCUUCAUAUUAAAUGAUACAAAUAUACAUAGUACUGUAUUCAUAUAUCUUGUUUAAAAAAUAAUUGAAAAUAUUGUAAGCAAAAUAGAUAACUAUGGUAACUAUAAAAUAAAAAUAUGUGCAGACCCAGCACUCAACAGAAAAAAGGGCUCUUAAUCUUGAGCAAAUACCAGUUUAUUCCCUUUUUUCGUGGCUUAUAACUGGUCAAGGUUGCAUCAGGUGGCAGAACCCACAUUACCACAGUGUAUAAAAAAGCGUAGACAGAAAAUAGCUAGAAUGAUCAAAAACACCAAAUAAAACUCUACCUUAUGCUAAUAAUGUAUUGAAGAAUAGUUCAAGCAAACAAUUUGUUUUUAUCUUAAAUUAAAAUUGUAUAGUAUUUA